CUCCGCACUACUCCGUAAUUUCUGACCCUCUCUGAGCUGGUGGUACCCUGUCAAUACUGUCCGCAGCGAAUCAUACUGGUUUAUAUGUAAUACUACUGACUAAGAAGUCUAACAACGGCCUUUGGUGGCCAAAUCUCAAAGCACUUUACAGCAUUCCAAAACUGAAGUGUCUGCAAUAGUGGAAUUCUUUUUUUCCCCUCCACUUACAGCAUAUAUCAUCACCAUCCAUAUCCCAAUAUCGCAAUAGACUGGAGAUUGCUACCUAGCCAUGUCUUUCUCCAAUCUUGUCUCAGAUCUCGCCUUCCGAGAUGUGCAUGAUGACCGAAGUUCCCAAAUAUCCCACGCCCGAUCCCAGGCCACUGCUCGCUCCUAUACCAGUACAGCCGCCACCAGCGUCAGCAUAUCUGGUGAUAUCUCCAGCCAGCUUCACUCGGGUUAUAGCCAUCCUUUAAGCAGAUCAUGGCAAGCCGAAAAGCAACUUACCAAGGAAAUGCUCAUAUAUCCGCUCUUCAUCACGGACAAUCCUGAUGAAGAGACGCCAAUUCCGUCACUCCCCAAUCAAUGCCGUCGAGGAUUGAACCGCCUGGUUCCAUUCUUGAGGCCCCUUGUUCACAAAGGACUGCGAUCUGUAAUCCUUUUUGGAGUUCCAUUGCACCCGUCCGCCAAAGAUGCUCUUGGGACUGCCGCGGACGAUCCGAACGGGCCAGUAGUCCAGGCCAUCCGCCUCCUUCGAUCGCGUUUUCCCCAGCUCUAUAUCGUAACUGAUGUAUGUCUUUGCGAAUAUACAUCUCAUGGUCACUGUGGGAUUCUUCGCGAAGAUGGCACGUUAGAUAAUGCACAGUCCGUCGAUCGAAUCUCUGAUGUCGCUCUGGCCUACGCUGCAGCAGGCGCCCACUGCGUUGCUCCGUCGGACAUGAACGAUGGACGUGUACGCGCCAUAAAACUCAAGCUGAUUGAGGCUGGCAUGGCUCAUCGGGUCCUCCUCAUGUCCUACAGCGCGAAGUUCAGUGGAUGCUUAUACGGCCCUUUCCGCGAUGCAGCAGGCUCAUGCCCCUCCUUUGGUGAUCGCAGGUGUUAUCAGCUGCCUCCCGGGGGCAGGGGACUUGCUCGGCGAGCGAUACAAAGGGAUAUUAGUGAGGGCGCUGACAUCAUCAUGGUAAAGCCCGCGAGCAGUUACUUGGACAUAAUUAGAGACGCGAAAGAGCUUGCGCAGGACAUGCCCAUCGCAGCAUAUCAAGUUAGUGGCGAAUAUGCCAUGAUACAUGCAGGGGCAAAAGCUGGUGUUUUCGAUCUGAAAUCUAUGGCGUUUGAGAGUACAGAAGGCAUCCUGAGAGCUGGCGCAGGAAUUGUUGUGAGCUACUUUGUCCCAGAGUUUUUGGAUUGGCUAUGACCAUGCUUCGGGGCCAUGUGUGAGCGCGGAAAUCUGCGAUACCUUCCAUCUCAUACAGCUUCCCUAUGUGAGGUGCUUUCUGCCUUGUAUGUUUAUAUUCGGAAGUCUAGCCUUGAUUCAAGCCUAUAUUCACUGGUCCUCUCGAUGAGGGAACCCGGCUGAAUGCAAAGUCAGUCUGCACCAAGUAUGAUAUAAACGGUGACCCACCACCUGUUGCACGGGUUUUCAUGCUUGCUCUGUGUGCACCGAACCGAGCUCCCAAAGUCAUAUUAACCAGACAAGUCGAACAUGUUGUUUGUUUAAGAGCAAGCACUAACACACUUAGCUUAAAUAUAGAGUUGGUUUCCAACGUGGGCAAAGCACGGAGACUCAGUAUACUGUGUAGGUUUCGU